UGGUUCGGAGCCUCGGGGAAUACAUGCUUGCACAUUGUGUACACGUCAAUGGAAUAAGUUAAUUCCAGGAAGACGAUCACGCGUAGCCACCCAGGCCCUUCUAGUUAUGGUUGCCAUAUAUGAGGAGUGAACAGUUGAUCAUUGGAUUCCACGGUACAUGCGAAAUGUGUUUCAUCCACCGAGAGUGGCUUUCAGAGUACUAACAGAGAACUAAUCGAUUGCGUAAGAUCUUUUUUCAUGAACCAGGACAGUUUUUAGAGUCAUAAAAUUAUUGAUGCUAUUCGCAGUGAUUACGAACGGGACUGGAGAUACAAACGCCGUGGUAAGGUUAUUACUACGGUAUGGUGCCAACCCAAACAUCGGAAGUCACCAUAGCCGAGUGCCUUUGUUUUCGGCUAUAAACAGCGGCUCAGCAGCAUCGGUAGAGGCUCUCUUGAAAGCAGGAUGCGAUCCAAACGCGAAAGACAGGUACCGAUGCACAACUCCGAUGAGCGCCACGGUACGUGGUAAGGUCAGGGUGAUAGCAGCAUUACUCAGAUCGCCAAGGAUAGAUCAAGAUGCACCGAAUGACUAUGGAAGAAGCGCAUUUUCGAAAGAUCAGAAAGCGAAGUAUUUCCAUGACAUUGUAGGAAUAUUGUCGCAGUGCUCCGACAAGAUCGCUGGUCUUCCCGAAUGUAUCCUCCGUUUGGAUGGCUACCAAGGAGAAAUGGCUUGCGAUGUCUGUCAGGACUAUAUGGACGGUGAUGGGGCAUAUUAUCAUUGUUAGACAUGCAAUGACUAUCAGUUUGCCAUUUGCGAUGACUGCAAGGCGCGAGGAAUCAUGUGUCUGAACGGGUCGCAUGAAAUGCGUCAAUAUGAACAGGACCGGUUUGGUGCGGAGCGACGGAACAU